UCGGAAAAUUUGCCUCAUUGAACCACGGCCCAAAAUCUACACCACAACGUGAAAUUUGUACGAAUAGCUCAUAUGCCUCGUGAGAAAACAUUUUUGCCCCAUUGAUUCAGUUAUUGCAGCAGCUUCUUCGUAUGACUGUUUUCCCCCCCAGACUUUCUUCUUUUAAAAAUGUCUUUGAUCAGUCCAUCAAUUUCAUCAACACUUCAAACACCUUCAGAUUUCUACGCAUCACUUCUUCAAACAAGUCUCAGAACCAAAGACCCAUUUACUGCAAAAUUAGUCCAUGCUCAGAUUAUCAAACUAGGAUUGCAUUUAGGUGUGUUCUUGAUGAACAAUCUUAUGAACUCCUAUUCAAAAUCCGGGUUCAUUUCUGAUGCUCAUACACUGUUUGAUGAAAUGCCUGUAAAGAAUACUUUCUCAUGGAAUACUAUUCUCUCUGCUAAUGCUAAACAAGGUAAGUUUGAUCGUGCACAUACUAUCUUUCAAGAAAUGCCUGAACGAGAUUCUGUUUCGUGGACUUCGAUGAUUGGGGGUUAUAAUCACAAGGGUCAGUUUCAGAAAGCCAUUUCAAUGUUUUUAGGGAUGGUUUCUGCUAGAAUUUCACCUACUCAGUUCACAUUUACUAAUAUUCUUGCAUCUUGUGCUUCUCUUGAGGAUUUGAGUAUAGGCAAAAAAGUUCACUCCUUCAUUGUUAAACUAGGACUGAGUAGUAAUGUCCCAGUGGCAAAUUCACUGCUCAAUAUGUACUCGAAAUCUGGGAAACCAGAUACGACGAAGGCUGUUUUCGAUAGGAUGCGAUUAAGGAGUGUCUCAAGUUGGAACACAAUGAUUACAUUGUAUGCACGUUCUGGAAGGUUAGAUCUUGCUCUUGCGCAAUUCAAACAAAUGUCAGAAAGAGAUGUUGUUUCAUGGAAUGCCAUGAUCGCUGGCUACAAUCAACAUGGUUUAGACGUUGAAGCUGUAUGUAUAUUUGCAGAAAUGCUGAGAGAAUCAAACGUGAAACCCGAUAAGUUUUCAUUAGCUAGUGUUCUAUCAGCUUGUGCCAAUCUUGAGAUGCUGAAACCUGGGAGAGAAAUCCAUGCUUACAUUAUAAGAACUGCAGCCAAUGAUUCUGAGCCAGUCAGUAAUGCUUUGAUCUCGAUGUACUCAAAAUCUGGUGGCCUUGCAAUUGCUCGAAAAAUUGUUGAUAGAUGCAUGGUUUCGAAUCUCAAUGUCAUAUCAGUUACAGCUCUGCUUGAUGGAUAUGUUAAGAUUGGAGAAGUAAAGCUUGCUAGAAACUUCUUUGAUUCCCUGAAUGAUGCAGACGUGGUAGCAUGGACUGCCAUGAUAGUAGGCUAUGUGCAGAAUGGAUUAAAUAAUGAUGCAGUAGAGCUGUUUAGACGUUUGCUUAGCUAUGGACCGAAGCCUAACAAUUUCACAUUAUCUGCCAUGCUAAGUGCAUGUUCAAGCUUGGCUUCGCUGAAUCAUGGAAAACAGAUUCACGCUAGUGCGUUGAGAUCAGGAGCCGAAUCUUCAGUUUCUGUAACAAAUGCUCUAAUUUCCAUGUAUGCUAAAGCUGGAAGUAUUGAGAAUGCGAAACGGGUUUUCAGUCAGGUUUCUUGGAUCAGAGAUAAUGUCUCAUGGACGUCUAUGAUUAUAGCUUUAGCGCAACAUGGUCUUGGAGUAGAAGCUGUUGAACUGUUUGAGGAGAUGCUGGCGCUUAAAAUUAAACCUGAUCAUAUAACAUAUGUUGGGGUAUUAUCUGCAUGUACCCAUGCUGGAUUGGUUGAACAAGGCCAAAAUUAUUUUGGUCUGAUGCAGAAUGUACAUAAGAUUGUACCGACACUUAGCCAUUACGCUUGCAUGAUUGAUUUGCUAGGGCGUGCUGGAUUGUUAGAAGAAGCUCUAAAAUUCAUAGAGAAGAUGCCAAUUGAACCAGAUGUUAUAGCAUGGGGUUCACUUUUAAGUGCAUGUAGGGUGAAUAAAAAUGCUGAGUUGGCAGAAAUUGCAGCAUCAAGAUUACUAGAAAUCGAUCCUGGGAAUGGUGGAGCUUAUGCAGCCCUUGCUAAUGUGUAUUCUUUAUGUGGAAGAUAUGAAGAUAAUGCAAAAAUUAGGAAGUUGAUGAAGGACAGAGGCGUGAAGAAAGACAGGGGAGUUAGUUGGCUUGAGAUCAACAAAACAAAUCAUGUUUUCGGAGUUCAAGAUGCAUUACAUCCGCAUAGAGAUGAAAUCUACAAGAAAAUGGCAGAGCUCUGGAAGGAGAUUAAGAAACUAGGAUUUGUUCCAGAUACCAAAGCAGUAUUACAUGAUCUGGAUGAAGAGUUGAAGGAUGAAAUACUGAGCCAUCACAGUGAGAAGCUAGCAAUAGCAUUUGGGUUGAUGAGUACCCCUGAGAAAACAACUUUAAGGAUUAUUAAAAAUCUUAGAGUCUGUAACGAUUGUCAUUCGGCAAUUAAAUACAUAUCAAAACUUGUGCAGAGGGAAAUUGUGGUGCGAGACGUUACUCGUUUUCAUCAUUUUAAAGAUGGGUUGUGUUCUUGUGGUGAUUAUUGCUAACAUGAAGGACAAACAUCUACCUGACGUAUUGUUCACAAUUCCAGGGAUGAUUUUUUGUGCUGUUGGUGCUUAUGGAAUGGCACCAUAUUGAUCAGUUCAGGUGCCUAAGAGCCAUUCUUCCUUCAUUUACAAGUUCAGACUGUUCAGUCAAAGUUUUCUGUAAGAUGCAGUCUUAACACUCUUAUCGCCAUAUUAGAAGAAAAUAUUUAACCAGAGAAGAUAUAGUUUUGGGUCAAAUUCAGAUGUUUAUUUGAUUAAUGAAGCCUGUAGAAGUUCAACGAGGAGCAGGGUCCUCAUAUUUUGGAUGGUAUUAUGCCAGUAGAAGUUCAUGAUCUACCUGCAGAAGUUCAUGAUCUACCUGCAGAAGUUCAGAAGGAAGUGAAAGAAGGGGCAUUUAACUGUAAGUUACAUUGCUAGAUUGCAAGUGACUGAGAAUUUCCAUU